GCAAUCGAUUCAGCAAUCCAAGCAAACCCCCCAAAAAAAAACCAAACCUCCAAAAAUGUUCAAAUUCGUUGCCUUCUUCGCUUGCCUGGCUGUGGCCGCCGCUGCUCCCGGUCUGAUUGCCGAGACCCACUCGAUUGUCCAGCCAGCGAUUCUGGCCAAGACCGCCUACGUGGACACCAGCGCCUCCUCGGCCAUCACCCACCAGAGCAAUGUGAACUUGGUGCGCAAGGUGCCAGUGGUCUACUCCGCUCCAGUUGUCCAUGCUGCUCCAGUUGUCCAUGCUGCCCCCGUGGUCCAUGCUGCCCCAGUUGUCCAUGCCGCUCCUCUGAUCAAGACUGUCAUCCCAGCCGCUCCCCUCAUCAAGACUGUGGUGCCAGCUGCUCCUCUGCUCCACACUGUGGUCCCCGCUGCUCCUCUGGUCAAGACUGUGAUCCCAGCUGCCCCACUUGUCCACUCCGUCCAGGUCCAGCCUCUGGUCCACUCUGUGCACAGUGCCCCAGUUGUCUACUCCGCCUACCACAAGUGAAUUGACUAAAAGUGCUUUAAUAGGGUCACGACAAAAUUGUUAAACGAAAAAAAUUAGAACCAAUAAAACAAUGGAUUGAAAAUAA